UUAGGGUUAGGGUUUAGUAGAUCGAACGGCUAGGACGGCUUGGGCAUUAGGGUUCUUGUGUGCGCAGCGAUGGUGACGGCGGCGAAGGAGGAUGCGGCCAAGCCCAAGUCUAAGUACUACCCAGCCGACGAUGAGCCAGUGCGCCGCACUCUCAGACGCAAGCUCCGUCCCACGAAGCUGAGAUCGAGCAUCACACCCGGCACGGUGCUCAUCCUCCUCGCGGGUAAAUACAAGGGGAAGCGCGUCGUCUUCCUCAAGCAGCUCACAUCUGGGCUCCUCCUCGUCACGGGGCCGCGAGCUCUCAACGGCGUCCGGCUCAAGAGGGUGAACCAGGCGUACGUGAUUGCCACUUCCACCAAGAUCGACAUCUCUUCCUUGGAUGUCGCCAAGUACGACGAUGGCUUCUUCAAGAAAUUGAAGCAAGGGGAGGAGGUGACCCCCGAGAUGAAACAGGCGAGAAAGGAAGAACAAGAGGCCGUGGACAAGGUCGUGGUCGGCGUGAUCAAGCAGGGAGAGCCCGAGUUGGCUCAGUACAUCUCGGCGAGGUUUAGCUUGAAGCGUGGAAUGAAGCCUCACGAGCUUGUUUUCUAGAAAACUUGAGCGAGCUUCUUUCAUUCAGUGAUAACUCUAAAGAUCAAGCAUUUUGGAACUGUUUUCUCUUUGUCAAACUGCAAAAGUUUUCCUCUAA